AUUGGCAUGGGCGGAUUCAAAACUGCGCAUGCCGGAUGGUUGACAUUGAUGUCGCCUCCUACCUCAGGUCUUGGGUCCAGGGCACGCCAUGACAUUGUUGUGAAACGUCCAUUCCAGAAGGUAUAUCCUAAAGGCAUGCCGGCCAAUAUGGAGUUCAAAAUUGGACGCUUUGCGCCCAAGGAUGAGUCGGCCAAAUUAUUUAGGGAGGCAAACGUCCUAUACUGGGCUAAGGCUCUGUUGGGUCUCGUCUACGACUUUAUUGACCGUGCUGUGGCAGGCGCUUCCGAUCCUUUACCAUUCGAUAUUCCCCGUGUCCGCUUUGUUGAAGCCGGUCUCGCACUAUCUUACUAUCAAGAUAAUAGCAAGCCUGCAUCCAAGGUUACAUCGGCACGUGCAUGUUUUCUUCUCGAGGAAGUUAUCGAUGGCAGAGACGAGGAUUUCGUCAAGUAUAUUCACAACAUGGAUCCCAACCCGUUACUUGAUCCAGAUGAAUCCGGGUAUGACUUCGCAUUGUUUCUUGCCUUCACACAACAUGUGCAGUAUGCAAAGACAGGUGGGCUCGUCUUCAUCUCCGAUUAUCAAGGCAACGACAAGCUGUUGACCGACCCACAGAUUAUGACGCAUCCUUCAGUUAGCGAGCAGAAAGAUAUGUUUGGGGGGGGCAACAUCGAGAAAGCCGUCAGUGAAUUUGAGACUCGCCACAUUUGCAACCACUUUUGCAAAUGGCCAGGGUUUGAACUCGAGGAGUUUGGGGGCGAAGUAGCUUAGAUGACAUCUUGUUUUCCUUCAGUUUUCAUCAUGAUAUGCUCG